AUGCAGCUAACUGCAAUAGUCAUUGGCGCUUUCGCCGUUGUCGCAUGGGCGCAGGAUAUCACUUUCAUUAGCGAUCCUGGCGUAUACGGCCCAGCGCUGGAGAUUCAACAUGCCUACUACGGUCAAUGGCCAACAGGCAUCGCAGUAUCAAGCACAGGGAGGAAAUUCUCUAAUUUUCCGGGAGGCCUCGAUCCAACAAAUGUGUACAAUGGCUCAAACGAUGUCUUCACAGUGGGCGAGCUCACCUCGCUUACUGAGGAGACGGCGUACCCAUCCCUGGAAAUGAACCACCCGCCUGGAGGAGCCAUCAAUUAUACCACAACACCCCCUACUGGAGCGAACUACCAGGAUUACCUCAUUGGUGUUCAGUCAGUCGUUAUUGAUCCAGCGGAUCGUCUCUGGAUCCUGGAUACCGGGCGUGUCUUGACACCAGAUGGUACCCUCGUCUUCUCGUCUUAUGGAGGGCCAAAGCUAGUAGGGGUAGAUUUGAGCACAAACCAAGUGAUCAAGACCAUUGUCUUUCCACAGACGGUGGCAUUUCCCGACACCUAUCUGAAUGAUGUUCGCUUCGACCUACGACCCGAGCUGACCGAAUCCGGAGAGGGCGUGGCAUACAUUACGGACAGCAGCUCCGAGGGUCGUAAUGGCAUCAUCAUAGUCGAUCUCGGCUCCGGCGAGAGCUGGCGGCACCUCGACCUCGCAAAACCAGUCCGGUCCGAGUACCAAUUUCUCCCCUUCAUCUGGGGACAGCCCAUCUACUACACACUCGGCGGCAACCCAAUCACUUCGUUUCCACUCGGAUCCGAUGGCAUUGCGCUGGCUGCUGAUGGCGAGCGGCUCUACUGGGGUCCGCUGGGCGGGCGCUUCCUGUACAGUUGCGCAACCUCGCUGCUCCGCGCGCGAGACGCCACGAGCGAGCUCCUCGCUCAGCAGGGGGUCACUAGCCACGGCGAGAAAGGUGCAAGUGACGGUUUCGAGACAGACAGCAAUGGCUACAUCUACGUCGGAAACAACGAGGCCAACGCUGUCAAUCUGUUCAAUCCCAAGAACGGGACGACCGUGCCAUUCGUGAGAGACCCUCGAAUCAAUUGGGUCGACACAAUGUCAGUAGCUGCAGACGGCAAUCUGUAUUUUACAGUCAACCAGAUCAAUCUCGGGCCUGCAUCGUAUCCUGGUACGGACCGGCGGGUGCGACCCUUUGCUCUAUUCAGUGCGCCACUUCCGGAAGGCGGUGCAAAAGUGAGCCUGAAGUAG